GAAAAAGUGAAAAUGCGAGGAGUAGUGAGAAGCAAAGUCGGCAGAGCUCUGUAUUCGGUGGCGGCGGCGGCGGGAACGGCAUCGGCGACUUCUGCUGCUGCUGUUUCUAGAAAUCCAUUAAAACACCCUGGCCAUGAUUGGUUAAUUGUAAGAACUCUCGCCUCUAUAUGCUGGACCACUCAAUCUCAUUCCUCCUACAAAGUUCACACUGGAGCAGGAGCUCUGCUCGCUUCCCCGUGGUCUAUUACUCAGCUCCGUCACGCCAGAUUUUCCGGCGCGGAUGUGAGACCUGGGAAUGUCAUCGAGAGAAAAGGAAAGAUUUAUCAGGUAGUAAAGGCCCAGCAUACAACUCAAGGAAGAGGAGGAGCAAUAAUACAGGUGGAACUGCGUGAUGUUGAUAGUGGAAGUAAAGUAAAUGAAAGGUUCCGUACUGACGAGUCUAUUGAAAAAGUUUAUGUUGAAGAAAAAUCUUUCAGUUACCUUUAUAAUGAGGAUGACAUUGUUGUUCUUAUGGAGCCUGAGACAUAUGCACAAAUUAAUGUUCCAAAGCACUUGUUUGGUGAAUCUCUUCCAUACCUCCAAGAUGAUAUGAAAGUUAAGCUGCAACUUUACGAUGAGAAGCCGAUGUCUGUGUCAAUUCCUCCGAAAGUGACAUGUACUGUUGCUGAGGCACAAGUUCCAAUAAAGGGGUCUACAGCAACUCCUCAGUAUAAGAAGGUUAAGCUGGACAAUGGUCUCACAGUUCAGGUACCAUCUUACGUGUUAGCUGGUGAAAAGAUAAUUAUCAAUACUGCCGAUAAUUCUUUCAUAAGCAGGGCUUAAUCUGGGCCCUUUUGAAUGCUCUGGAGGUAUCGUUCAGGAUGUACCUUUUCUGCAGACCCUCGUUAUAUAGGAUUAGUCCAAAUUUUGUCACUAUAGGUAAUGAUGGGUUGAUGAGAAACAAGUGUUCAUUUCGGGGUUAUUGCGUAUGCAGUAUUUCUUUUCAACGAGAAUGUUUUACAUUUUGCAUAUUUAUGAGAAUCCCACUUUUCGACU